AUGUCGCUGGACAGGGUUCCGGGCAGGGAGGACCUCUACAUCGGCGGCAUCUUCACGCUGCGCAGGGCAGACACCCUCCAGGCUCACCGCAUCACGCACAUCCUCUCCGUCGUCGGGUACUCGCUCGAGAAGUGGUCCGACCUGCGCGGCAAGUUCGUCCAUCUCAGCAUCGACAUAGACGACGUCGAGGACGCUGACCUGCUGGUCCACCUGCCCAAGUGUGUCAGGUUCAUCGAAUCGGGCUUGUAUCCCGACUCCGGCACCCGGGUUGGCGAUGCCGAGGUGACAGACGCGGACCCUUUACCCUCUCUGGGCAAGGGCGAUGCAGCCGCCAAGCUCGAGCAGCUGUCGCUCGCCGCCACCAGCGGCCGCGAGAGCAACAGCCCAGGCGCCGUCUUUGUGCACUGCGCCAUGGGCAAGUCGCGCUCCGUCACAGCCGUAAUAGCCUACCUGCUGUGGAAGCACCCCCACCGCUUUGGCUCCCCCGACCGGCGCAACCCGGACAGGCGCGCCGCCGCCAGGCAGGCCGUCGCGCGCGCGCUCGAGCUCGUCAAGGAGGCGAGGGAGCUCGCCGAGCCCAACGACGGCUUCAUGCGCCAGCUCGAGAUGUGGUGGCUCAUGGGGUGCCCCGCCGGCGGCGACGACGCCGUCGAGAGGCACCCGGUCUACCGGAAGUGGCUGUACCAGCGCGAGGUGGAGGAGAGCGCCAGGAUCGGGCGGGCGCCGGACUGGCUGCGCUUUGAGGACGAGGAGGAGGGUGGUGGUGGUGCUGCUGAUGGUGGCCAAGAGGAGGAUGUGGAGGAGGGGGAGGAGAGCGCAGUCAAGAGCGGCAGGCCGAAUACGGAACUCCGCUGCAAGAAGUGCAGGAGGGUGUUGGCGACGCAGCCCUUCAUCGUCACGCACGAACCCCUCGACGCCACCAGCAAGCAAAAGGGCCCCUGCCAGCACGUCUUUAUCGAGCCGCUGUCCUGGAUGAGGCCCACACUCGAGCGCGGCGAGCUCGAGGGCCGCCUCGUCUGCCCCAACGCCAAGUGCGGUUCGUCCAUCGGCCGCUACGCCUGGCAAGGGUUCAAGUGCACGUGCCGGGAGUGGGUGUGCCCGGCGUUUAGCCUGCAGAGGAGCAAGGUCGACGAGGUCACGGUCCCGGGGACCUCCACCUCGGGGAGCGGCGCAGCAGCGAGGAAUGGGCGCGGCGGCGGUCGCGUCGGCGGCGAUAUCAGCGUGGACGCCCGGCAGAGAGCCGCGGCAAUGGGGAUUAGGAUGCCGCCUGGCUUCAGGAAGGAGAACCUAUGA